CAACCUUUUCUGAAACCUGUGUUGAUUUGUCACACAAGAAAAUCCGCCGUGCAUUCGUCUGCGGUGCUGCCAUUGUCGUCGUAUUUCGAGCAUGUCGUCGGAUGUAGAAACAAAUGGCGAGUCAAAAUUUACGUCGGAUGUCGAAAAGUUCGUGUGUCGAAGCGAUCGUAUGUAGAGGUACCACUGUAUUUGUGUGCAAAUUUUCACUGUACUGUUAUGAAUUUCAAAUAUUCCUGGACUUUCCACACCAGUCCAGCUGUAACAUCUUGCAUUGACAUCCCUAAAUUGCCUUUAACUUUUGUAUUGAGGAAAUCAAAAGCUCCCAUUUGUUUAAAUACUAGCAAUAACACCAUAUAAUUUUAGUAAAAUGCCAAUAAAGGCGUUAUUUCAUUCAAGAAUGUCAGAAUCGCUAAAGGGUGCCACCUGCUGACGGAAACCUGCAUUCUGUAGAAAUGGAUUUUAAAGACGAGUCUAAGUGGCAGACUAAUGGAUGAAAAACGUUUUGCCUUUUUCAGUGUUCGUUAUACUAAUGGGCAUUAAUGCAGCCUCUGCCUGAUUUCCUGCGGCCGUUCCUGCUCAAAUUCCUGACUAAAAAAUGGCUCCUUCAUCGGUACUUUUGAAUUAACUUGGAGUCGAAUUUUUUUUUUUUUUUGGAAUUGAAAGCUAAAACUGACAAAAUGCGCUCGUCGACGGGAAUGAUUGCCGAAAAUAGCCCAUUCUCGGUGGACAAACCGGCCGACAUCGGAAUGGGGUGCUGCUCGUGGCCAAGCCAAGGAAAGCGCAUUCUCGGCGACGUGAAUGUAUCUCUUUGCACAUCGGCCAAGCUGGAGUACAGAUGGGCAAUGCAUGCUGGGAGCUUUACUGCCUGGAACAUGGCAUCGAGCCAGAUGGACAAAUGCCUACUAGAGGAGAUGACCUGUGCAAUACUUUCUUUCGUGAGACUAGAACUGGCAAGCAUGUUCCUAGGGUUCUCUUUGUUGACCUGGAGCCCACUGUCAUUGAUGAGGUUCGCACAGGUACCUAUCGUCAGCUGUUCUAUCCAGAGCAGAUGAUUACAGGCAAGGAGGAUGCUGCCAAUAACUACGCCCGUGGUCACUAUACCAUUGGCAAGGAGAUUAUUGAUCUGGUUCUAGAUGGAACUCGCAAAUUGGCUGACCAAUGUACUGACCUUCAAGGAUUUCUCAUCUUCCACUCCUUUGGUGGUGGUACCGGCUCUGGUUUCACAUCCCUCCUCAUGGAGCGACUUUCUGUUGAUUAUGGAAAGAAAUCAAAACUUGAGUUUGCUGUCUAUCCAUCCCCUCAGGUGUCCACAGCUGUGGUAGAGCCUUAUAACUCCAUUUUGACAACUCACACCACUCUUGAGCACUUUGACUGCACUUUCAUGGUGGACAACGAAGCAAUCUAUGACAUCUGCCGCAGGAACCUCGACAUUGAAAGGCCAACCUACACUAACUUAAACAGACUCAUUGGCCAGAUCGUGUCUUCCAUAACAGUCUCACUUCGCUUUAAUGGAGCCCUGAAUGUUGACAUAACUGAGUUCCAGACCAAUUUGGUGCCCUAUCCUCGUAUCCAUUUUCCUCUGGCCACAUACGCCCCAGUCAUCUCUGCAGAGAAAGCCUACCAUGAACAGCUGUCUGUGGCCGACAUCACCAAUGCCUGCUUCGAGCCAGACAACCAGAUGGUCAAAUGCGAUCCUCGUUAUGGAAAAUAUAUGGCUUGUUGUGUGCUGUUGUUUGUUGGUGAUGUGGUUCCUAAAGAUGUCAACUCUGCCAUUGCUGCUCUGAAGUCCAAACGCACCAUACAGUUUGUUGAUUGGUGCCCUACUGGUUUCAAAGUAGGCAUCAGCUUGCGACCUCCAACAGUGGUUCCUGGAGGAGAUCUGGCUAAGGUGCAGAGGGCUGUAUGUAUGUUAAGCAACACCACAGCCUUUGGUGAGGCAUGGGCCCGUUUGGACCGUAAAUUUGAUCUGAUGUACGCUAAGAAAGCCUUUGUGCACUGGUAUGUGGGAGAGGGAAUGGAGGAAGGAGAAUUCUCAGAGGCCAGAGAGGAUAUGGCAGCCUUGGAGAAGGAUUACGAAGAGGUUGGUACUGACAGCAUUAGGGAUGAGGAUGAAUCGGGAGAGGAGUACUGAGGAGGCUGAUCACCCAGGCCUAAGUAAGUUAUCAGUAACGUGACAUGUUCUACCUGUGGUAGUAAUUGUUUGGCGUUAAUGAACACGUCCAAACUGCAUUUUUAGUGGCAGUUGGGAAACUUAAAAUAAUCAGAUCUUUUCUGUUCUAUCCAGGGAUAAGGGAUUAUUUAUUCAUUUAUUCAUUCAUUUUCCAUGCCGCUUUUCCUCACGAGGGUCGCGGAGGUGCUGGAGCCUAUCCUAGCUAACCAAGGCCAGUAGGUAGGGUGCACCCUGAACUGGUAGCCAGCCAAUCGCAGGGCACAAGGAGACAUAAAACCAUUCACGGACAUAGUCAUACCUACGGACAAUUUUUUAGAGUGUUCAAUCAGCCUACCACACUUGUUUUUGGGAGAAAAACUCACACAGGCUCAGGGGGAACAUGCAAACUCCACACAGGAAGGCUGAAGCCUGGGAUUUGAACCCUUGAUCUCAGAACUGUGAGGCUGACGUGCUAACCACUCAGCCAGCGUGCUUUAUUUAUUUCUUUGUCAUUUUGUCUAUUACUCAACAACAAUUAUCUGUUGCAUGUUCAUGUUCCCCUGCAAACCAAUAGUUGUAUGUUAUAUAAGGUUCUAUACUGUAAUGCAUUCAUUACAAAUUUCCCAAAGCCACUUUUACAUAAACUCUUGAUGGUUUACUCUUGCUUAUUUCAACGAGUCGCGUUUCUUUACAGGAUUAUAAUUUAUGAAUAUUGAAAUAAAAUGAAACCUGUUUGACAUAGAGUAUCCGGUGUAUCCCUCCCUUGAUUUGUGUAAUUUCUUCAGUUUUAGUUGUAUAAAUCAUGUUCCUCUCUAAAAUAGUAUUUAUUGAUUUUAUGUAAAAUAGGAUUUUUAAGACUAGCAGAAGAGCGCCACCUGCUGAAAGUAUACAGAAACGACAACCCAGUCCUGGAGCACGUGCUGUGCUUUAACAUUUUCCAGAAUUUAUCCACAUAUCACUGGAUUUGAGACAAAAUUUAGGAUGAAAACUAGUGUUCAUGCCAUUGACUUAUUCUAUCAUUUGGGAUACACACUACCGUUCAAAAGUUUGGGGGCCUCAAACUUUUGAACUAUAGUGCAUCAUGGGAUAGUGCGCACAGGCCCGCGCAAGUGGAUAGUGAGGGGAAUAGGAAAGUGCACCUACACCGGUUCAAAAGUUUGGGGUCAAAGCGACCCCGAAAUUUUGAACGGUAGUGUAUAUAGAUAUAUGGCGGAAAACACUCAGGUGACUUGAAGUUCCAUUCUGAGACCCCCAAUUUGGCCAAAUUUCAAAAUUGUCCUCUAUGCAUGUGCGAUACAUCAUUGGAAAGCUUAAAAUCUCAAUUUUCUGGCAGAAGAACUGGAGGGCAUUAAAAAAAAAAAAAAAAAAAAAAAACCCGCAAAACCCUAGUGAGAGCACACAAGAGCAUGAUUAAAGACACCGUGAUUUUAACGAGAUAUUGUCGCGUACUCACCUCUUUUCGAUCCAAAAACUCCAUGUAGCCUGUAUCACCGAGUUUCAAGACACAGCUGUGAAUGGCCUCAUCCGGAUUUUGGGGGGAUUUUGUGAGUGAGAUAUGGUAAUAUAACAAGUUUCGCAUGAGGAAAUCGCAGACAUCAAGGAGUGGUCGAGAUUUUCAUAUAUUAUUAUUAGGGCUGUCAAAAUUAUCGCGUUAACGGGCGUUAAUUAAUUUUUUAAAUUAAUCACGUUAAAAUAUUUGACGCAAUUAACGCAGAUGUCCCGCUCAGACAGAUUUAAAUGACAGUACACUGAAACGCUCACUUGUUGUUAUGGAGUUUUGCCGCCCUCUGCUGGCGCUUGGGUGAAUGACCAUCUCGCAUAUUGCCUCAAACAGAUUACAUCAUAUGAGGCCGUUUAUGGACAUUAAGAGUGAAGAGAAUGCCACUGGCCGCUUAGGGGCAGCGCCGUUCCAUACUCAUGUUAAUUCUUCUAAACGUGGGAGUAUUAGUAGUUGUGAGACGUUUAUGCUGUAUUCACAAUGCAAUGCAAAUUGCUAUUUGUACUCCACACAUAUUUCGGUAAGUUUUCUUUCUUUUAGUGGCAAUUAUGUGUCUCUUGUUGUAUUUUGGGUAAGAUAUGUACAAAUAUAUGUUAUACCGUAGAGGCGAGUGGACACAGGCAUUCUUUGGACCGCGCCGUUUAUUGGCA